AUGUUAGUCCUAGUUCUUGGUGACCUUCACAUUCCUCACCGCUGCAGCAGCUUGCCACCCAAGUUCAAGAAGCUGCUGUUACCGGGCAGGAUACAGCACAUUUUGUGUACAGGCAACUUAUGUACAAAAGAGUCGUAUGAUUAUUUGAAGACAUUGGCCAGUGAUGUGCAUGUUGUGAGGGGGGACUUUGAUGAGAAUUCAACGUACCCGGAACAGAAAGUAAUAACCGUUGGUCAAUUUCGCAUUGGCCUUGUUCACGGUCAUCAAGUAGUCCCAUGGGGUGAUGAAGAAUCUCUGGCAUUAGUUCAAAGACAAUUGGAUGUGGAUAUACUUAUCUCGGGCCACACGCACAGGUUUGAGGCUUAUGAGCAUGAAAACAAGUUCUACAUUAAUCCUGGAUCAGCCACUGGUGCUUAUAGCCCAUUAUUCAGAAAUGCGACACCCUCGUUCGUGCUGAUGGACAUCCAGAGCUCAACAGUAGUGACAUAUGUGUACAAACUACUCGGAGACGAGGUUAAAGUGGAGAGGAUCGAAUACAAGAAAGCGUAG